GAACGCACACAUUCCCAUCACCCAGUUCUUACUCACUAACUGGCAGUGCGGUGACGUUUUUUCGGAUCGGCUCUCACCGAAAAUCGAAGCAAAUCUCGGCCGAAUCCUUCAUCAGUAGAUAAAUAUGGUGAUAUUCGGGUGCUCGCAGUGCGACUGCUUGGCGGUCAAGUGGAAUGCGUUCGAUUAGGCCGUCCGCCGCUCAGUUGUCGGUUUAAAAUUGCAAAUUUAGUUACGACUUGUCCUCCGACCUGUGCUGAUCGACGGCUCCGGCGCAAUUGAAUCCAAGAACUGUGACCACGGGAACUACGGAAAUGUUUAAAUUACUUAUCGUCGGUUGCCUGACUGUGUUGGUGGCGCUGGGUGCCUCUGCUUUCGAGGAGCACCCCCACUUCUGCAUCGAAACGGAACCGCUGCUCCUGUCGGAGAUCGAUCGACGCAUAGUCAUGCCCAGCGAGAAGGACCAGCAGUGCCACAUUAAGGCCACUACGUUGACCCUGAAGGAGAAGGCGAGUCUCGUGGACACCCUGUGCACGGAUCACGGCUCCACGACGGUCAAGCGGGACAACCACCACUUCCUGCGGCUGCACAACGGGGAGCUGAGUGGACGCGGUGUCCAGGCGGAGGUGUGUGCCAAUGAAGCGGAUUCGGUCCUGGCCUGGGUGCCCUACCACACGGUGCUCAAGAACUACGCCGCCGAGCUGAAUCCCAAGGAGCGGCUGACCUACAUAGCCAAGGCCACCAAUGUGGAACGCGAGAAGACGGAGCUCUGCCACUUCCGCCACACGGAUCUGGUCAAUGCGGUGUCCGACAAUCUCUUCACCUGCGUGGUCAUGAUCUUCGGCGAUAACUUUUACGGUCUGGAGGACAACAUCAAUGUGCUGGUCGAGCUGCAACCGCUGAUGUACCAGCUGCGGAACAUCACCUACCUGCCGUGGCGCAAUGUGACCAACAGCUACAAGAUGCACUUGGGCGACAGCGUGCUCCGGAAUCCCAGUGGGGAGAGGAAGCCAAUCUACGGCAGCUUGAACUACGCCUUUGUGGAGAAGAUCCUGGUCAACAUGAGCAGUGUGUAUCAGGAUAAGAGCCUGGCCAGGCUGCCCCUGCUCUUCGAGCACCGUUCCUCUGUCCUGGAGUUAGAUGCGGAUGGAGUAGGCGGCCUGGAUGUGGCGGAGAAGGCCUACUUCGGACGCAGCAUGGAUCCCAGGAGCGAGGUGCGGGUCCAGGUGAUUGGGCAGUGGGUGGACCAGCAUCGGGAAUUUGGCGCCGAUAUAUACGAGUACUAUGGCCAUGGACUGAGGCGCUUCAGGCAAGCUCUUUUGGGAGCUAGGCUCAUCUUCGUCAGGAUCGACAACACGGAGCCGGUUUUCAUGGCCCCAGAAUCGAGUAAUCUGGCCAAGGCCUCGCUCUUCCGGGAGCAGAAGGCCGGCCAGCUGAAGGAGGAUCCAUCGGGCAACUUAACCGAGUGGGAGAACGCCCAGGAGGAGGCGGAUUCCGAUGGUUACUACGGCUGGUUUGUGGUCACCUCCCUGCUCCUGGCCCUCGUCGUCAUCCUGGGCAUUUAUCUGGUGGUGCGCACCCACAGCAGGCGGCACAAGCAGCGCCAGAGGUACGAAGUGGCCAACACGAAUGUGGCUCCACCAGCCUAAAAAAUUAAAUAUUAGCCUUUAGUUUUGUAUUCCGAAAAAGCACCAGGAUCAACAGGUGUUCUACUCCGAAAUGUCAGUUUAAUUAAACGAGUUGGCAGCGCUAACGCCAAAUCCUUUAAUUUUA